AUGCCCGACGCGGGGGCGCCGCGCGUGGACGCGCGCGGGAGGUUUCGCGCGCCCGAGUUGCCCGCGCGCGCGGUGGCGGCGCUGCGCGCGGCGGCGCUGGCGAACGGACACCCGUGGCCGUGGGACCGAACGCCCGGGGUGCAGAAGACGGUCGAGCGCGCGGGGAAGGGACACAAGUGGGAGCGCGAACGGGGGGCGUUGGAGGCGAAGCGACGCGAGGCGUUGGCGAAGCAACCGGAGCUCGUCGCGGCGUAUCGAGCGCGGCAGCGAAGUAAGGCGAAGGGGUUGGAUAAGGUGUGGGAUGAUUUUAUCCUGACGAAAUCUGAACGCACGCUUAAGCUGCGGAUGGAGGAGCAGGGUGGGAAAAAGUGA